AUGGCCGCCAGGUAUUCUGAGGAGAUGAGCUGGGCCAAAGACAAACCAAGCCACAACACAGCUGGGGCCAAAGACAAACCAAGCCACAACACACCUGGGGCCAAAGACAAACCAAGCCACGACACACCUGAGGCCAAAGACAAACCAAGCCACAACACAGCUGGGGCCAAAGACAAACCAAGCCACAACACACCUGGGGCCAAAGACAAACCAAGCCACAACACACCUGAGGCCAAAGACAAACCAAGCCACAACACACCUGAGGCCAAAGACAAACCAAGCCACAACACAACUGAGGCCAAAUUUAAAACAAGCCACAACACAACUGAGGCCAAAGACAAACCAAGCCACAACACAACUGAGGCCAAAGACAAACCAAGCCACAACACACCUGAGGCCAAAGACAAACCAAGCCACAACACACCUGGGGCCAAAGACAAACCAAGCCACAACACACCUGAGGCCAAAUUUAAAACAAGCCACAACACAACUGAGGCCAAAGACAAACCAAGCCACAACACACCUGAGGCCAAAGACAAACCAAGCCACAACACAACUGAGGCCAAAUUUAAAACAAGCCACAACACAACUGAGGCCAAAUUUAAAACAAGCCACAACACAACUGAGGCCAAAGACAAACCAAGCCACAACACAACCGAGGCCAAAUUUAAAACAAGCCUCAACACACCUGGGGCCAAUGUCAAACCAAGCCACAACCCACCUGGGGCCAAAGACAAACCAAACCACAACACACCUGAGGCCAAAGACAAACCAAACCACAACACACCUGGGGCCAAAGACAAAGACAUAAGACAGAAACAAUGUUUCAAAGCAUCAACAAGAAGUGGCGCAGAGGACGAAGAGCCGGAUGCCUCAUCCGGACCCUCAGAGGACGAAGAGCCGGAUGCCUCAUCCGGACCCUCAGAGGACGAAGAGCCGGAUGCCUUGUCCGGACCCGCAGAAGGCGAGUAG